AUGAAAUUCAUAAUAGCUACAAUUCUAUUAUCGACAUCAAUUAUCAACGUAUUUGGGCUAAACUGUGGCUCGAAUGAAGUCUACUUGAGAACAACACCCGGAUGUCCGCCUACCUGUGCCGACCCUAACGGACCAUUUUGUAUGGUAAUUGAAGUCAAGCCGUCGUGUCAAUGCAUUUCCGGUACGGUUCGCGACACCGUUAAUAAUCGAGUAAUGGGCGACUUAUACCUGUUGGACGACCGGAUGAGGGCCCGUAUUGAUCAGCUAUGCUCACAGCCUGUAUGGCACAUGCGUAUGGAAGUGCCCAUACAAUUAGUUAACACUGACCAAACCAUGAUGGUCUGGGCUUAUUUCAUACCUGAUUUUAAGCCCAAAUUAUUGACCUACACUACGUUGGAUAACUAUACGAGUGUAAUGGCUAUGCUAUGGGGCCAGCAGUACGAUGCGACCAGCAGGGUGCUUGAGAAUCAAAUAGCUAAGUUUAAGUCCCUGUGUUGCAUUAAGCGCUGCGAUUGCGAUCGUUGCCGGCUCAGUAGUGAUCCCAUGAAUACCACGUACUCUUCAAAUGACAUUUUCAAUGAUAUCUCGUACAUCAUAUCGGGUUCUGACGGUAUUUGA